CGCUGAAUCGCAACUUUUCUCGCUGUACAAUCUGUUGUUAGCUCUACGAGUUUACUUCUCUCAAAACGCAGUCCUUUCGUGAAGUCUGUUCGUGACGGUUUCGUUUCGUUUUGAGCUCCGGUGGUUCGUUUCGUUCGUGUAUUUUUCGUGUUCGUAGAAUUUUUUUUUCUCGUGUAUUUUAAUGUGCAAACGAUGCAACGAAACGUGUGUGAUUUUUUUUUCUACAACGUGAACGAGGAUUGUGAAAAUUUACUGGGUCGUUGUGUAAGCUAGUAUAGACUUUUUUCCUGUGUUAAUUUAAUUUUUUUUCGCGGAAUUUAUCGUAACGAUAUUCGUCGCGUAAUUUUUUUUCGUAGAAAAUUCGCAUUUUUCGACGUUUUACUGCCACGAGGAAUUUUAUUCGCUAAGAAGCUACGAUUUGCGGAUUAAUUUGCUUCAAGUUCAUAUGCGAUGAUUUUCAUUAGACCGAACCAUGUAUGAAAAUGGAUCCUUUCGAAUAACAUGAACAGAGAAGUCGAAAGAGAAAGACCUAGAACCGUUGAGAGCAGUACUUCACCGACUCGUUGGGUUCAACAUUGGGAUCCUUCUUCUUCUACAGCAGAUCGCGCUAAUUACGAGGUCGCUUACGAUAUCGAUGUGGAUUUGCAGUAUCAUAUUCAACACUGCCCUUGCACCUGUAACCAUCUCGGAUAUGGCAAUUAUUUAGAUUAUCAGUCUGCUUGCGUGGUAGAUAACGAAGAUUCGACAACGGUACAUUGUAUAUUGGAUGAAAGAAGAAGCUGCAUAGCACCAGUAAGACGGUCUGUCCCUGGAGUAGAGCAGCUGAAUUGUGCGUCUGCUCAAAACUCGUGCAAAAAUUACGAGUUUCAAAUACGACCUUGUGCGAUCGGAAUUGGAGUAGCGAUGAUCAUAAUAAUAAUAUGUUUGAUUAUCAGCGCUUGUUUGUCAGAUUCAGACUCCGAUUCACCCUCAUCGUCAUCUUUAGGCCCUGAAGGCCGACUGGAUGUAGUUCGAGCCAUACUACAAGAGGUUCCGUUGGUUGACGGGCAUAACGAUUUACCUUGGAAUAUCAAGAAAUUUGUUCAUAAUCAGUUAGUCAAAGUGAACUUAUCGACUGAUCUUAGACUUACGGAGCCAUGGUCCAAGAGUAAGUGGUCGCAUACGGAUAUAAGAAGAAUGAAACUGGGCAUGAUCGGAGCACAGUUUUGGUCGGCUUAUGUGCCUUGCGAAACACAAUACAAAAACGCUGUGCCAUUAACAUUAGAGCAAAUAGAUGUCAUCAAGAGAUUCGUCAGCAUGUACAAAGAUGAUCUGGAAUUUGUGACUUCUGCCGCAGGCAUUAAAGCUGCUCAUAAGAGAGGACAUAUAGCCAGUUUAAUAGGCAUCGAAGGUGGCCACUCUUUGGGAGACUCGUUAGGAGUCCUAAGAAUGUUUUACGAGCUAGGAGUACGUUACGUUGCACUGACACAUAAAUGCGAUACAUUAUGGGCCAGUUGCUGCGUGGUUGGUGAUAACGCUACCUUUGUUAAUGUUACCGGAAAAGUUCGAGGAUUGACGUUGUUUGGCCAGGGUAUUGUUCGCGAAAUGAACAGGCUCGGGAUGCUGGUGGAUUUAAGUCAUACGUCGGUUCACACUAUGGAAGAUGCUUUAAAUGUUACUAAAGCACCUGUUAUAUUUUCACACGCUUCAGCAUACGCUUUAUGUAAUUCCAAUAGAAACGUACCGGAUCAUAUAUUGAAGAAAGUGGCGCAAAAUGGCGGAGUCGUUAUGGUUACCUUUUAUCCUUAUUUUAUUAGUUGUAAUACUAUAUCAACAAUGGACCAAGUUAUUGCUCAUAUUAAUCAUAUUCGAAAUAUCGCCGGUGAAGAUCACAUCGGUCUGGGUUCUGGUUACGAUGGUAUCAAUCACACCACCCGUGGCUUAGAAGACGUCUCUCAUUAUCCAGACCUGUUGACUACUUUAUUAAGGGAUCACGAUUGGAAUGAAACGCAAAUAAAGAAGCUGGUUGGACUGAACGUUCUUCGAGUUUUACAACAGGUUGAAAAAGUCAGAGAUGAGCUACAAAACGAAUUCCAACCCGAUGAAGACUCGAUACUCGCACACUACCACUAUAAGUCACUUCCAAGUAGCUGUGCUGUCCAUGAUUUGUAAUAAAAAAAUAAUAAUUCUCCAUCUAGUCAAAUGUUUUAAUUUUUACUACAAAUUUGUGAUAGAAUUAUUUAGGAAAUUUGUUGUUUUUUUUACUUAUAUUUUUAUUCGUACGUAGAGAAUUCCUUUUUAGUAUAUUUUUUUCACAAUUUAUCGCUGAUUUUAUUCGACGUAAUAGAAAAUGUUAUUAUAAGUUGGACGUUGAUGGAAAAAAAAUCGUAUAUUUUCAAAUUCAUUGUACUGCCCAUUUUAAUUAUUUUUUAUAUUUGCUUAAAAUGUUCAUAUGUGAUUCAAUUGUUGCGAUUACGAUUUAAAUAAAAUGAAAUUGCGGAUUGCUCGAUUUGUUUUUUGCAAGCAUAAAAGUGUA